AAAAUUCAGCCACCUUUGAGAAUUUUGACGACAUACAAUGAUUCUAUUUUAAAAACCAAACCCGAACCAAAAUAUGGAAAAAUGGAACCGAACCAGACCCGAACAACACGACCCUCGGUUUUCGGUUAUUUCGGGUACCCGUUGCAGCCCUAUUUAUGAUCAGGCAGUAUAACAAUAAUGACUUGACUGAAAGCUACAGAUCAAAAUGAGGUGUAGAUUACGAUAUCGCUCAGGAUGGACAGCAUUCCUAUUAAUAUUUAGCAUAGCUGGGGUGAUUUUAACUUACAAACAGGUAAACAAUAGUGACAAGAUUGCCACUGGACAUGGCAGCGAUGACAAACAACGCUUCAAUUUGGUGGAGUUGCGACGGAAAAUCAAACCAUAUGUGCGGCGGGGAGAGGAAUCUUUGAUUGACAAUGUUCCGUUAAUGGACGAGGAUAAAGUCAUGCAGUUACGACGUCUCCUGUAUGAUUUAUAUCCAGACAACUGGGGUACAGCGAAAGAUGCAGAUGAAAUGGCAUACACCAUCAAAGUUCAGCUUUCCGACCUCGGCUAUGACAGUGGUCUCUCUUGUAAAGACGUUGAUCUUCUUCAUGUCUCUCAAGCAAUCAAAGUGGGUGCUAAGAAAUAUGUAGAUCGUGCGAUAAUCCGUCCUCAAAACACGGAGGUAGUGAUCAAGAGCCAAGGAAAUGAUCAGGAAACAAAGAUCAAGUGCAUGAAGACGGUUUACGACGCUGAUAAAUGUCACAACAUGGGCAACUAUUUCAUGUUGCGGGAAAUUCUUCUGCUGUCUGUCCUUAAACAUCCAGGCAUCAUAGGCUUACUUGGUUUCUGUAUCCGUGGUGACAACAUAAACUAUGAUAUCAAGAAGAAGGGCUUGCUACUGGUUGUUGAGUCGGGGACCCCUGUCACUUCAAGGAUUUUGUCAUACACUCAUUGGGAAACUCGCUUGAAGUUUGCCAUUCAGUUGGCAGAGCUAUUGAAGUAUUUAGAAGAAAGUCCGCUCGGGAGUGUGGAGCUGAUUGGAGUACAGAUGAAUGAUUUUGUGAUAACAAAAAGUUUAAACCAACUUAAGCUGGUGGAUUUGGAUGAUGUCAUCUUGGAAGAAAAAACUUGUCGAAAUGAUGGAGACUGUGUAAUUCCUACAGCGUCACUAGCACGUAUUCAAUGUGAAAAUGGUCGCUGUAAGAAUUGGAAUGCCAAAAACAAUUUGCAGAAGGUGGGGGCUUCGCUGUUCCAUCAGCUGUUGAGUAACCCUCCCACGCAUAUUUCUCAUGGAAUCAAUGAACUGAAACAGAACAUUAUCCUGCUAAAUGUAACAGCCAAUCAGAUCAUUAGGAAACUUAAAGGAAUGCAGACAGAAAUAGGUCAAGCUGUUGGAGAUCAGGAGUCCAGGCAGGGUCAAGGUCAUGCCAAGGUUGAAAUAGUGCAACAGAAAAUAGUGCCAAUGGAUGAAGAUCAGCAUCGACAGGAGGAAAUAAACGCCAAUCGUGUUCUACCUGAUAAUAUGUACUCUAGCAGUGACGAUUAUCGGCGGGUGGAGCAGUCAAACUUUCCGGGUCAGUUUGACUACACCUGUCAGUCAUCCCGUGUUAUGUGGGGGUGUGUGAUCACUGUUCACAGUCUCAGCCAGGCAAAGACUUACUGCAAAGAGAACCCACCAUGUCGCGCGUUUGUCUUGUUCACCUCCAAUCCAGAUGGAGAUUCCCUUAUGACAAUGGUGGCCAAAAAUUCAAGCUCUGGAAGUCCACAGCCAAAUGUUGGAGCCACACUUUUUAUUAGGAAAACUUCAGGAAGUUUGAAUCAGAACAUUCCACAGAAAACUGUUACUAAGAAAACCACUCCUUCACCAGAGAACUUGAUAGCGGAAUGUCGAGCUCGGACGUGGAACACUAACUCAGAGGCCAGGGCUACAAGAGAGCGACGACUCAUGACUCAUUUAGGACUCAAAGGUGUAGCAGAGGACGACUGGAAACUGAAAAUAAAGAUGUCACAUAUUGUACGACACAAUGGACUGGACAAGUUUAUCAUGUCAUCUACUGUGGGAGCUCGGUUUGAGGUUGAGAUGUCAAACCUGGAGAACACAAUGAAGAAAGCAAUAUUUUUGUAUGAGAAGGGACCAUCUCAAUACCACAUGGCUCAUUUACUGCAAUAUCACCUGGACAGGAUCCUGGGGUUAUACCAGACCCCGCCCACCAUUAUAUGGGCUAUGUCUGUGUCAGAUGUGGCUGAUGUCCAAGGGGAUAAGGUAUUUGCUGAGACUCUGGGACCUCUGCUUGGAAGCAAGGAUGAAAUCAAAGUUUCAAUCAUGGAAGAAGAGGAGUCCCCUGCUUCUGGAUUACAAAAUGUUGUACGUCAGAAGACCGCUGCUCCAUUUCAGCCCCUGGUGGUGCUGGAGUUUGCAGUGGGGGCCAAACAGCCAGCCAUUGAGUGGAUGAUAUCAAAACUACAGAUGUCGGAAGCUGCCGGUGGUGCUGACCUGGAAGUUAGCGCUGUGGUGAUGACAUACAAACAGCAAACCGUGCUCUACGUGGGAGCUGGAAGUCCUCGUCUCUUGAGAGCGGCAGACUUGAUUGGACUGUGCAAGAUUUACAGAGAUGGGCGCUACCGAGAAUUCUCCAUUGAAGAUAUGGCCAACUUCAGGGGGAUGGAGGACCAUGAAAGUUUCCUGUCAAUGGCAGAGAAACAGAAACUGAUCCUUCAUGAGAUUGAGGCAGUCCGAGCAGGGGAUGAGGAAGACCACAUUCCAGGCUACGACAAAAUCACACUAUGGACGGGGAAAAGCAUUCUUAAGAAGUAUUUGAGUCGAGACAUCAUCACUAAAAUGUACCCUCUUCAUGAACCUGAGAAACUGAAAAAACUUGGCGCAGACUGGUACCAGCUAAAGCGUGUCCUGAAAGAGCAGCCAAUAGAUGACGUGCGGCACUACUUUGGAGAGAAGAUAGGACUGUACUUUGCGUUUCUUGGUUACUACACCAUUGCAUUAAUCCCACCUGCCUUCAUUGGGAUUAUUUACUUCAUCACUUCUUGGCAGAGCAUGUACAGGGAAGCCAUAUUUGCUGUGUUUAACAUAAUCUGGGCCACCAUAUUUCUGGAACUCUGGAAGCGAUAUUGUUCUGAACUUUCUUAUCGAUGGGGUACGAUUGAUAUGGUCUCGUCUACAUUUGAUGAACCACGAGCAAAUUAUUACGGCAUACAGGGUGUGAACCCUGUGACCGGUAAACCAGAACCAGUUUAUCCGAAGUGGAAGCGUAAUGUUCGUUUCUACUGUGUGACGGUUCCCGUGGUGUCUGUUUCCUUGGCGAUUGCGUUCUACAUCAUGUUGGGCUACUUUGCAAUGCAGGACUGGGCAAAUAAGAAAUAUGCCUCGGAGAAAUCAUGGAUGAACUUCUUGGUGUUGAAUCUUCCCACAGCAAUCUAUGCAGUGCUGAUUGGAAUUGUUAAUGCGAUUUACAGGAAGGUGGCUAAAAAACUCAAUGACUGGGAAAAUCAUCGCUUACAAUCGGCUUAUGACAACCAUUUAGUUGUGAAACUUAUUCUGUUUAACUUUGUGAACUGCUUUAUCUCACUUUUCUAUGUGGCCUUCUAUAUCCAAGACAUGGCAUUGCUACGAAGUGACUUGGCUGCCCUACUCAUCACCCAGCAGGUAAUAGGUCAGAUCCAGGAAGCCAUGGUACCAUUUCUCUUCUUUAAGCGAAGGAAAAGUCAGGUGAACAAGAGGAUGAAGAAGCAGGAAUCGCUGCAUAAGGUGGAGUAUUUCAAUAAAGAAAUCGAGGAGGAUGUACAGAAGCAGGCACAAGUGGAGGGUGAGAUGGAGGAAUACAUGGGUACAAUGGACGAUUACCUGGAGAUGUUUCUGCAGUUUGGUUACGUUUUCCUCUUCUCUUCUGCGUUUCCUUUGGCCGCCUUGUGGGCGUUGCUCAACAACGUCACGGAGAUUCGUUCUGAUGCGUUCAAAAUGGCAAGAGUCUUCCAGAGGCCUUUUGCUGAGUCUGCAUCAAAUAUUGGUGCAUGGCAGGUUGCCUUUGAGUUAAUUAGCGUCAUGGCAGUGAUGACAAACUGUGCUCUGAUUGGGAUGAACCCGGAAGUUCGGAAACUUCUCCCCACAGACAGCACACCUGUAAACAUCGUCCUUAUAUUCGUAGCAGUGGAGCACAUUAUACUGGCCAUCAAGGUAGCUGUAGCCUGCCUAAUACCAGACCAACCUAAAUGGGUGGAGAUUGAACUUGCUAAAACAGCCUAUCAGUCCAAGCUAGCACUGCAGGAGAAGCAUGUGAACAAAACCUUAGCUAACAAGGAGAAGAUUGAUGCUGUGCUGAAAGAGAAACUGAGUUAAUCCUAAUACGCAAGUUCCGAAUUACCCAAAAGUUAUUUCCCUUUGUCGAACUCUUUUGCAUUUUAUGACGUAUGGUAGGUACACAAUGUAUACAUUAUAUCGUAGACUGGCAUUGUACAUAACGAUUACGUACGAUUAAUGUAAUAAAAGCGUAACUUUUGUUUAUAUCAAUCACUGGUAUGCAUAUUCUGGCCAUAUCAAGCAUAAUUUGUUUGAAUAAGAUCAUCAAAUUGGCUAUUGAAUCAUUAUUCGUUUCCUCUUCUACAUGAGUGACGCUUUUAUCAAAGAAAGAUGGCAAUUAACAAUAUUUGCUUGAGCCAUUUUGUUAUCCAACACUCAUAAACUCACUAAAGUUGCCUUUUCCCUGAGAUAGGAUGGUCUCAGAAACUCUGGAUAUCAUCUUUUAAGAAAUAAUACAACAAUAGUAAUUAGCAAAUGUACCCACUGUCAUCAUAUUUUACGUCAUAAUUUAUGGAAGAGUUCGACAAAGGGAAAUAACUCUUGGGGAACUCAGAACUUCCGUAUUGUAUUAUCUCACUGAGGUCUGGAUACAAUGAAGGCAACUAGGAAUUCUGGUAGACAUCGAUCUUGUCCUUUGGGAUUGUUUGUAUUGUAACAGUUCAAAACUUUUAUAUAUUUUGGGACCUUCUCCCAAUGUUUUUUUUGUUUGUUUAAAUUUUUGUUGAAAAGAGGCUUUGUCUUCCAUUCCUGUAGAUUUGUAAGUCUUUACAUUAAAAAUACAAUCAUUUUCCCAAUAUCUACGUGGGCCUGUACUUAUUGUAUCAGCAGCAGUUUUCGGAUUAAUCUUGUCAUCUUACUUCCCGUGUUAUUAGCACCCCAGAUACUGCAAAUUAUUUUCUCUCAUUUAUUGUUUUUUAUUUUUUUAUUAUUAUUCUUUGUUUAUUUUUCUUAAUUGUAUGUUAUAUUUACUAGACUAUGAUAAAUGUGCAAUAUACUAUGGGUAUGGUGUAAUUAUAUAUUUUCACUGUAAGUGUGUGGAACUAUUUGUUUUAACCUGUGGUUUGUUUGUUAUAAUAGUUCCCUUACAUAAAGUUGCAGAAGUUUACUUGGCCAUACAUGUCUAACCACCAAUCAAUGUUGAAAAUAGGGGGUCAGGGAAAGAGGCCUACAAACUUCGGGGUCAAAAGGUCAAGGUCAUUAAUAAGUGAAACAGACUUGCAGACAGAAUCAGGGAGCUUUAUCAUCAUGUACUGGAAUGGUGUCUGGUUGGACCAGAAUGACAUCACAGGUCCAAAAAUUGACGCUUGGGUUACUAUGGUACAUAGAAAAGGAAUAAGAAAAAUGUUUUCAAGAACCACUAGGGUAAGAGUACAUGUCAUAGACUAUUAUGUAAUGUAGAUUAUUAAUUCCAUACUCCUCAAGGCAAGGGUGGGGCCAUCAUGAGAUCACAAAGUUUUACUUGAGAAUAUAUUUGAAUUUUUUUUUAUUCUCAACAUCAACAAGAAUUGAAAGGUUACAAUUGUCAGAUUGAUAUGCAAGCAUCCUCAUGUGGUGUAGAUUCAAUUUUUUUCAAGUCAUGACCUUGGGUUUGGACCGGGUAUUACAGCGGGCUUAGGAUACAUGUGUAUGUGGGACUCGGGUGAGCAUUGUGGGUCAAAGGCAUCUUGUUUUAGUUAUUACAUGUAUCGGUAAUUAUCAAUUUGUAAAAUGCUUUGAAACAAGCAAGUUUGACAAUUCUAUGCACAAAAUGGAUUCUGUUUGUAAAAUCUGUUUAUUUAUUACUUUAUUAUGUACUGUACUAGAAAUUAGUUUUAUUUAGUUUAUUAUUUAUUAGUACCAUUAUUUUGUUAACUAACAUAAAAUCAAUAAAUUUUCAAAUUCAGUAAAUUUUUCUUAGUUUUGUUCAGGUUAAAUGAGUUUAUACACAUAGGCACCGAAGAUUUUUCAAAUGGUUUGCAUAUACCAAGCAAGAAUAGCCAUUUUGUCAUGAACAUGUUGUAAUUGCAAACAGUGCAAAAGAAUCUCGAUAAAUAUAUUACAUAAAUUCUAACGGCUGUGAAUUUCAACAAUAGAAUGUAAAUAUAAAAUGUUUUUGAAAACACACAAGGGUAUGACUUGCAAUGCCUCGCACUACAUGCUCUUCAUGAAUAAUGUAUUUUUAAAAUUUCUUAUAUAUAAUAAACACAAAUUGCAACA